CCCAAAGGGAAAAAAAAGAUUGAUGGAAGGAGCACUAAUUCCAAAGCUAUAAAACCUUGUUAAACCUUGAAUCUGUGCUGGUUUCUCUUCGUCAUCAUCCUCCGUGAAUAGGGUUUACUUUCUUGAAUUUCUUUCGAAUCGAUUCCAUUGUGUCUCUCAAAGAUUUGACAGUGUUUGGUUGCACAAUCUGUGAAGAUGCCUCGUCCCAAAAGAAAAGCGGCCCCACCAAUCACUUCUUCUGAUGUUGAUUCUUCUCUUCGUCCCGAACCAAAGAAAGCAACCACAAAGCAAUUAGAUCGAAUAGAUAACAUAUUCGAAUCGUAUGCAAAUAAGUCACUGGGUUUGAUUGACCCAGACGGGAUUGUGGCAUUUUGUAAAGAUGUGCAUGUGGAUCAUACAGAUGUUAGAAUGCUGAUACUUGCUUGGAAAAUGAAAGCUGAAAAACAAGGGUAUUUUUCCAAGGAUGAGUGGCGAAAAGGGCUCAAAUGUUUAGGGGCCGACACACUCCCAAAGUUAAGAAAGGUCAUUGGUGGACUGCAGAAAGAGGUGAUGGUACAAGAGUGCUUUGAAGAUUUUUAUUCCUAUGCAUUUCACUACUGCCUGACGGAAGAUAAGCAAAGGAGUGUAGAUAUUGAGACCAUCUGUGAGCUGUUGAAUGUCGUUCUGAGAUCUGAUUUCCCUACUCAAGUUAAUUUAUUAACUGAGUAUCUAAAGGUUCAAAAUGACUACAGGGCACUAAACAUAGAUCACUGGAGAAAUUUUUAUCGGUUUUUUAAGGAGGUAAGUCUCAGUGAUCUUCUAAGUUAUGAUUCCAGUCAAGCAUGGCCCGUGAUCCUCGACAAUUUUGUUGAAUGGUUAAAAGAAAAACAAGAGAAAAUAUAGUUCUCACCUUUCUCAAGUUUAUGUUCAUUUUUAAUCUGCCGACUCCGAACGAGAAUACUGUUUUGAAGCGGAUAUACAAUUGUAUAUGGCUGAUCUGAGUAAUCAGUUCGCAGUUUUUCUGCAUGUAACAACAACUUCAUACAUUGUCAACUGUCAAAGUUAUAUUCACUUUUCUUCAUCUGGA